AUGCACGCCGUCGCCCGCCAAAUCCGUCCGGCCCUCCUCUCAAAACGCGUACCGUUUGCUACGCGCUCGCUGCAGACGGCGGCGGACAGCACGCAGCUCCAUGACCCACUACCAGAGUCUCACAGCACGCCGUUCAAGGUCAAGCUCCAUGAAGACUCCUUCCGCGGCCAUAACUUGGACACGCCCGGGCUCGAGGUUGAGGUCACGAAGGAGAGCCUGAUCAAGAUGUACACGGAGAUGGCGACUAUGCGCAGGAUGGAACAGGCGGCCGACUCUCUUUACCGUGCGAAGCUUAUCCGUGGUUUCUGCCAUUUGGCAAUCGGCCAGGAAGCCGUUGCAACUGGUAUGGAGUCCGCAAUGACGAAGGAGGACUUGCUCAUCACCUCGUACCGUUGCCAUCCCUUCGCCGUUCUCCGCGGCGGCACGAUCAAGGGUGUCCUCGCUGAGCUGCUCGGUCGCAAGGACGGCAUGUCCAAGGGCAAGGGUGGCUCCAUGCACAUCUUCACCCCCCGCUUCUUCGGCGGCAACGGUAUCGUCGGUGCCCAGGUUCCGCUCGGCGCCGGUCUCGCCUUCGCGCUCAAGUACAACGAGAAGCCCGCAAUGGCCUUCACCCUCUACGGUGACGGUGCAUCAAACCAGGGCCAGGUCUUCGAGGCGUACAAUAUGGCCAAGCUCUGGAACUUGCCCUGUGUCUUCGUCUGCGAGAACAACAAGUACGGUAUGGGCACCAGCGCCGAGCGCUCGUCGAUGAACACCGAGUACUUCUCUCGCGGCGACAAGAUCCCUGGUCUUCAGGCCAACGGUAUGGACGUCCUUGCCGUCCGCCAGGCCGCCGCAUACGCACGCGACUGGUGCCUUGCUGGCAAGGGCCCGCUCCUGCUCGAGUACGUGACCUACCGCUACGGUGGGCACUCCAUGUCCGACCCCGGCACCACCUACCGUACCCGCGACGAGGUCCAGAAGAUGCGUUCGACGCAGGACCCCAUCCGCGGUCUCCAGCGCUACAUCGAGGAGUGGGGCGUCGCGACCGAGGACGAGCUCAAGCAGAUCGACAAGGACGCCAAGGCGACCGUCGAGCAGGCUGUUGAGGAGGCGAAGGCCUCGCCUGAGCCUACCAUCGAGGAGGCUUGGACCGACAUCUACUACGCUGGCACUGAGCCUCCGGCGAUGCGCGGUCGUGAGCGCGAGGAGGUCUGGCGCUACUAG